CACGAACACACACAAACACACCCUCACCCUCACUCACUGAGCUGCUCUCUCAUCCGCCGGCCCGAGACGCUGCUCAGCGAAUCAAGCAGCGCGGAGGGGAAGAGGAACGCGGAGCGACGGAGAUGGCGAGCAUCACCAACAUGGGGCAGAGACCGCUGCUGCUGCUGCUGCUGCCGGGGCUGCUGUGGCUGCUCCUGGCCGUCCACACCGCCAGCGUCCGCUGCCUGAACGGCGACGAGGACCAGAACCAGGACAGCGAGUGCAAGAUGAAGAGCGUCACCGUGUCGGCGCUGCCUUUCCUGCGGGAGAACGACCUGAGCAUCAUGCACAGUCCGUCGGCCUCCGAGCCCAAGCUGCUGUUCUCCGUGCGGAACGAUUUUCCCGGGGACGUCGUGGUGGUGGACGACCUGGAGAACACCGAGCUGCCCUUCUUCGUCCUGGAGAUCUCCGGGAACUCAGAAGACAUCCCUCUGGUGCGCUGGAGGCAGCAGUGGCUGGAGAAUGGCACUCUGCUCUUCCACAUCCACCACCAGGACGGCAGCCUGAACCUCCCAGAACCGACAGUAGACCCCGCCAGCGACUCUGCCAAGGAGGAGCUGCGCAUCCUGCACAUCUCCGUCAUGGGCGGGAUGAUCGCCCUUCUGCUGUCCAUCCUGUGUCUGGUCCUGAUCCUCUACACCCGCAGGCGCUGGUGUAAACGCCGCCGCAUCCCUCAGCCCCAGAAGAGUGCCAGUGCUGAGGCGGCUAAUGAGAUCCACUACAUCCCCUCGGUGCUGAUGGGAGGCCAGGCCCGGGAAAGCUUGAGGAACUCCCGGGGUCAGGGGCCAAACUCCAGCGGCACUCUCAGCAUCCGGGAGACUCCGAUUCUCGACGGGUACAAGUAUGAGUACGACAUCACCGACCUGCGUCACCAUCUGCAGCGGGAAUGCAUGAACGGCGGUGAGGAAUUUGCCAGCCAAGUAACCCGCACCCUGGACUCCCUCCAGGGCUGUAAUGACAAGAACAAUAUGGACCUUACGCCUGUGAGUGAUAACACCAAGCUGGCUCUGAUGAACAAAUACAAGGACAACAUCAUCGCCACGAGUCCCAUCGACAGCAACCACCAGCAGAACACCUUGCUGCCACACAACACCUCCACCAGCCAGCGCAAGCGUCUCUCCAGCAACACCCGCGCGGGUUCAACUUUCUUGAACCCAGACGGGGACUCUGGGACGGAGGCCGACAGCGAGCCUCAGCUGGCCUUUUACACCGACCCAAACCGCAGUCGCCGCCGGACUCGAGGUAUGAGAAAUGGUAACGCCAACAGCGCGUGGGGCUCAGGGGCAGGUUCCCCACGAAGCCCCAUCAAUAAGACCACCCUGACUCUGAUCAGUGUCAUCAGCUGUGUGAUUGGCUUGGUUUACUCCUCUCACCUCUCCUGCAGCAUUUCAGUCCGAGUGGUCCUCCAUGUGCCGGAGCACCUCAUCGCCGAUGGAUCGAGGUUCAUUUUGCUGCAGGGGAGCCAGUUGGACGCCUCCGACUGGCUGAACCCUGCCCAGAUCUUGUUGUACUACCAGCAGAACGCCAGCGGGCCCUGGGUCAACGAGCUGUGUGGACGACGCCUCCUGGACCCCUGUGAGCACCAGUGUGACCAAGACACAGGAGACUGCCUCUGCCUGGACGGCUACAUGAAGGACCCAGUCCACAAGCACCUCUGCAUCCGCAGUGAGUGGGGGCCCAACCAGGGUCCCUGGCCUUACACUAUCUUCCAACGCGGUUUUGAUCUUGUGAUGGGAGAACAACCCUCUGAUCGCAUUUUCAGGUUCACAUACACCUUAGGAGAGGGAAUGUGGCUGCCAUUGAGUAAAAGCUUUGUCAUCCCCCCUGCCGAGCUUGCCAUCAACCCCUCAGCCAAGUGCAAGACGGACAUGACGGUCAUGGAGGACGCGGUGGACGUACGGGAGGAGUUGAUGAUCAGUUCAUCCUUUGAUUCAUUGGAGGUUCUGCUGGACUCGUUUGGACCCGUCAGAGACUGCACCAAAGACAACGGAGGCUGCAGCCGCAACUUCCGCUGCAUAUCUGACAGAAAGCUGGACUCCACUGGAUGUGUGUGCCCUCCGGGGUUGAGUCCUAUGAAGGAUGGGUCCGGGUGCUACGACCACCACAUCGGCAUCGACUGCUCCGACGGUUUCAAUGGCGGCUGCGAGCAGCUGUGUCUCCAGCAGCUGGCCCCUCUGGAGGAUGACCCGACCCUUUACAACAUCCAGAUGUUCUGUGGGUGCAUCGAGGACUACAAGCGUGGUCCAGAUGGAAGGUCGUGCCUGCCGCUGUCUGAGGCCUGCACUGAGGGGAUCGACUGUGGGGAAGCGCUGGACAUUCCCGCUAACCAGACGGUGUUUGGAGACCUUUUCUAUGGAUACAACAACCACAGCAAGGAGAGCACAUCCGGACAGAUCCUCAAGGCCACGUUCAGGCAGAAGAACUUCGCCCGAGGCAUCGAGCAGCAGCUCCCAGACGGCAUGGUGGUGGCAUCGGUGCCAACUGAGGUUCAGUGCCACGAGGAGCUGUCAGACCCCGUGCCCGACCCAGAAUACCUCACAGGUAUGGUGAACUACAGUGAGGUGUCUGGCUACCCCCUUGUCCAGCACUGGAGUCUCCGCUCUGUGCUCUACCACGUCAAACUCAAUCAGUGGGUCCUCUCUCAAGCCUUCAGCUCAGCCAUCCAUUCUCUGGACGGGGCGACGCAGCGGAGUGACUUUGUCUCCAUCCUCAGGGAGUUUGGGAACCACUACGUACAGGAGGCAGUGUACGGCUUCCAGGAGUCCUGCACCAUCUGGUACCCCAACAAGCAGGUCCAGAGGCAGCUGUGGCUGGAGUACCAGGAUAUUAGCAAAGGGAACUCGCCUUCAGAGGAGUCAGAAGAGCGUGACAAGGAGCCCAGGACGCUGACCUAUCCUGCAUAUGUCGCCAGCCUGCUGGACACAGGUGCAAAGCGGAUGGCAGCCGGUGUCCGGAUGGACUGUACCAGCCAGGGCCAAUGCCCCCGCUCGUGCCACCUCUGCCACAUGAGCCCGAGGGCGGCACAGGGGCGGCAGCAGUCUGAGCCCGUUCUGCUGCAGAUUACGAAGUCUGCACCCAUCUACGAAUUAGUGUCCAACAAUGAGACAUACCAGUCUCUUCAGGAGGCAAUGAUGAGCAUGCUGUGGUGUUCAGGGAAGGGCAACGUUAUCGAUGACUGGUGUCGCUGUGAUUCCAGCGCUUUUGGCACAGACGGACUGCCCACCUGUGCCCCACUUCCCCACCCAAUGCUGAAGCUGUCGUACACCUACGAGCCCAGCAGCUCAUUGGUCAUCCUGGAGUGGAACCACACGGAGCCGCCAAUCGGUGUCCGCAUCGUCGAUUACCUCAUCAGCCAGGAGAAGGUGACCGAGAGGACCGACCACUCCAAAGUUGAGACAGAAACCUUACUGAGCUUUGUGGACGACAUCUUGUCUGGGGCCAGGUCUCCAUGUGUGAUGCUGGGGGACAUCCCCAACCUGCUGUCCUCUUCAGUCAGUAUGAUCAUUCGCUGCCUGGAACCUGACACCACGUACAUGUUCCGGCUGUGGGCAGUAGACAACACAGGGCGCCGUUCCAGUCCCAGUGAGGUCACCAUCAAAACUCCGUGUCCAACUGUGGAUGACGUCAAAGCUCAAGAAAUAGCCGACAAGAUCUAUAACCUGUUCAACGGCUACACCAGUGGGAAGGAGCAGCAGACGGCCUACAACACUCUGAUGGACCUGGGCGCCCCCACGCUGCACCGUGUGCUCUACCACUACAACCAGCGCUACGAGAGCUUCGGUGAAUUCACCUGGAGGUGCGAGGACGAGCUGGGACCCAGGAAGGCCAACCUCAUCCUCUCCCAGCUAGAGGAGCUCUCCCACUGGUGUAAGGGUCUUCUCCAGGAGCCGAAGAUCGGCCUUCGCAGGAUGUCCCUCAAAUUCCUGUCCUGCCGCUACACCGACACCAAGGCCUUCGGGCUGAACUGGGCGGACAUGGGCCAGGACGUGCACAAGGCCUGCGACGAGCAGACGCUCACUGUCAUGUAUAACGACUACGGUGAGCCCAAGGAGCUGUAAAGGUGUUGGGAGGGUUCAGUUUGGAUGUGCACAGGAAUCCAGGAGAUCUGUUGAACCCAACAAAGAAACAAAUAAAAUGCAGGUUUUACUCAUAUUUCUAUUAGGUUUAUGCAAAGAUAUGUGUUUUUAUUGUGUCAUAAGCAAAUACUAAACAUUAUUUGAAAUGUUCUUUAUUCUGUUAGACUUUACCACAUUAUUGAUGGAUGUAUUCAAAAGUAUAAUCAGAGCUUCAAAGUAGCAGGUGGGCAAAUAAUGAUUUUACAAAAUCAAUUUAUCUUUUUGAAAGGAUAAAAAAACGCAACGACUUCCUGCUGAUGCUUCACAUUAAAAAACCUUUGUUUCAAUUUCCUCUUCAUCUCUGAUUGGUCCUUCCUGCUGUUUAACACUGUCUGCAUUAAAAUGACACAUAUGCUCUUUGUUAUGCAUCGAUCAUUGUGUGGACUUGAGAACCACUGGGAGUCUGAGAAAAGAAGUGAAGCAAUCAAAGCUUUAACUGUGAAGCCUAGUAAGAGCCUAGACUCUGUAUAGAUAUGAAUACGGAUAUUAUUCAAUCAAUAGAUAAAUAAUCUUAAAAUACAUAUAUGGGUUAAGAAAGUACACAAAAAUGUGUCAAUGGAGGCUGUGCAAAAAAAAUACAAUUAAGAAAUAUAAAAGGAAUUUUACAUUCUGUUUUGUUUGCCUUUGAAUGCACAUAUCUGAGUGGAACCUGACGUGCAUUCUACUUCACUUUGUUUCUUUGCUGGAUGAAACAUUCUCCAUCUUGAACCUUUGAUACUGAGGGAGAACAUGUUUUGCUUUUUUACUCUUUGUUGAAAUAACGUGACAUUUACAUUUUGUAGAUUAAAUUGAAUAGUCCUUUUUUUUGGCUUCUUCAUUGACAGAUAAAAAAAAGUUGGAUGUGAGACAAAGUCUUAAAAGGCAAGUUUUGAUAUCAAACUGAUCGAUAGUGAUGGUGACGUCCUAAGGGCCCCACAUCCACCUAUACAGCCUGGAUAGAGUUAGCUGCUUCUUGGACCUGUCUCACGAUCUAAAUCAGCACUUUGGUUUCUUUGAUCAUUUUACAUGAGUGAUGGACCCAGGGUAGAAGGGAUGCUGUAACAGAUUUUACAGUUAUAACUCAUCGUAGCUGCGUCUUCACCUGUACAUUCCAACCAUUGUUAAAUAUCUUAGUGGUUCACAGCUUCUGGUGCUCGUCGUGUGCGUGUCUUGUGAAUAACUGCAACACGCGGGGCCGCCGAACACGUGGGCUGAAAAUCCAUUUCACAUUGCUGUUUUUUUCUUUUUCGGCGUGUGCUGCUUUGUUGUGUGGGGUCCCUAGGACGUGAAGACGUGCGGUUUUCCACCAUCACUUCCAUUACAAACCGGGUUUUGUGUUUUUUGUCACAAACGCUAACAGGGAAAGACACUGUAUAUAAGCAAUUGUAAUGUUGAGACAGCGGGAACAAAACCAGUAUUUUACAAUGUUACCAUGUUUCUAAGACACCUUAGCAGUUUAGGCUGAAGAGAUGUAAGUAGAAAGGUGAAAUAAAGAUAAAGCUAUGUAGAUAACAGACGAGGGAGUUACUCUAGUAGUAAAGACAUUCAAAAUAAACAAUGCGCUUUAUUAUUAUUAUACACUUUUAUUGAUAUACCCCGCUGAAUGUAGUGUUGAUUUGCAUUUGUAAAGGAAGCUGUUAUGAAGUUAGGAGUUCUACUAAACAACAGCUCAGUUCAUUACCUCUACACUUUUUAAUUUGUUAACAACAAUUUAAUUAAUUUGCCGGUAUUUCCCUUUUGAAUUUUGCAUUUUUCACAUCAUAACUAAUCCAACCAAUGAACUCUACUAUUAAAAGUGAUGAUUCUAUAUUGAACCUGCAAAUUAAGUGUCUUAAUGUUUUCAUCUGCUUCUCUAUGUUUAAACUCCAUGCAUUUAUUAGUUCGAAAAAUCUUUUUGACAUCUCCACUAAUACUGUGCGUUUAUUGUGAGUAUAUUAGUAUUAUUUAUUUAAUUUCACUCCAUCUGUUAUGUUUCUCUCUGUUGUUUUAUUACUGUGCUGUGGCCAUGUUGGAGAUUAAUGUCAAAGAAAUGCAAACACAUAUUAGCUGUUGAUUUCUUUUAACAAACCUCAUAUGUGAAUACUAAAAUAAAGGCUUGUAGAUUUUUGUAUAGGCAGUAUAGUAUUUCAUAAAAGCGUUGCAUUCUAGCACAGUACUGUGUUUGGAAGCAGGUGUUUUAUAUACGCCUGUUGUAUAAACAUGUACAACAGGUGGUGUUUUACAACAGUUACUUUACGUGUGCUUUAGUAGAUACAAUAUUGUACUGUAAUAUCUGCUGUGUAGCUUAGUCUUUGUAAUCAGAUCAAUCCACUGAUUCCAGUUUGAAAGUGAAGAGCAGGUUUUUUCCUUUCUCUCGUCUGAUUGUGAUCUAAAGAUGCUCUUCACUGGAUUUGUUCGUUCUGAACUGUUAUUGGUUGUUGGAAAGACGUGACGAAAAGACAAACAUGAUCUAAUUUGAUCGAACAAACUAGUAAAAUGAACCAAUAGAGUGGAAGUGAACAUGAAGUGAUUAGAUGGAGACCUCCUGACAUUUGAGAGAAAUUGAAAGCAACCCUCUACUAUCUGCAUGAUAUUAUUCUGUCUAUACUGAAUGUGGCAUCAUGACCUUAACUUUUUCACUUUGAUCUUUGGUACUUCAAAGAACAAUAAAGAAUAUAUUAUGGAA